GCUCUCAGGCUCCUCCCCGUCGGGUGCUUAGGGCGCAGCAUAGCGACGACCCCUGAGCCCUGCACGGCUCCUGGUCGUGUCAUGGCUUCGUCUCCGGCGCUCAGCACUUUCCGCCUCCCGCCGUUGCCCACGAUUCGAGAAAUCAUUAAGUUGUUCAAACUGCGAGCAUUGAAGCAGCUAUCCCAGAAUUUCCUCCUGGACUUGAGGCUGACAGAUAAAAUUGUGAGGAAAGCUGGCAAUCUGACAAAUGCCUAUGUUUAUGAAGUGGGUCCUGGGCCAGGGGGCAUUACAAGAUCCAUUCUCAAUGCCAAUGUCGCUGAACUUCUCGUGGUUGAAAAGGAUAGUCGAUUUAUUCCUGGAUUACAGAUGCUUUCUGAUGCCGCCCCCGGAAAACUGAGAAUUGUUCAUGGAGAUGUGUUGACAUAUAAGAUGGAAAGAGCUUUUCCACAAAGUCUUAAAAAAAAGUGGGAGGAUGAUCCUCCAAAUAUACAUAUUAUUGGAAAUCUGCCUUUUAGUGUAUCAACCCCUCUGAUUAUCAAGUGGCUGGAAAAUGUAUCUUGUCGCAAUGGACCUUUUGCUUAUGGCAGAACCCAGAUGACACUGACUUUUCAAAAAGAAGUGGCAGAGAGACUUACAGCCAAUACAGGAGGUAAACAGCGUAGUCGCCUUUCCAUCAUGGCCCAGUACCUCUGCAAUGUUCAGCAUAUCUUGACAAUUCCAGGUCGGGCUUUUGUCCCCAAACCAGAGGUGGACGUGGGCGUGGUACACUUCACUCCGCUGACACAGCCCAGGAUAGACCAACCAUUCAAGCUGGUGGAGAAAGUUGUCCAGAAUGUGUUUCAGUUCCGAAGGAAAUACUGCCAUCGAGGGCUUGGAAUGUUAUUCCCUGAAGUUCAGCGCUUAGAAAACACUGGAAAACUGUUAAAGUUGGCAGAUGUGGACCCUACACUUCGACCCUGCCAGCUCUCUGUCUCACAUUUUAAGAGCCUCUGUGAUGUAUACCGAACAAUGUGUGAUGCAGACCCACACCUCUUUGCUUAUAAUUUUAGAGAUGAACUCCAGCGAAAUAAACGCAAUAAGCAAAAGAAGGGUAACAAGGAGAGUUUCACCCUGUAGCUGCCACAGAGACUAUUAAGAGCUUAUUGAAUGCUGAGCUCCUGAUACGUGUACUUUGCCUUCUGCAGAAUGACAGUAAAAAAUACCAACUACUAAAUGUGACUUAAUUUCCCUUUUACUGCACAGCUUUAGAGAAAAUAAAUAAAUCAAAUAAGAUACA